AUGCAGGUUGAGGCUACCGGAGAUAGCGACGCCCCGGAUCAGCAGGAGGCUGCCGGAGACAGCGAAGCACCAGAUCAGAAAGAGGAUGCCGGAGACAAAGAGGAAUCAAUCCUGGGCAAUCUUAGCCCAACCUCAGACAAUGCUUCAACCAUGAACACGGAGGAAUACAACAAAGCCAUGAAAGAGUUCGAAGAUGAGGAGGUAGCCGAAGCAGAAUCCGCUCCGCCUAAGCAGGUUCUUGCGACCAUAACUGGGCUGGAGCAGGAAGGUGAGGAAGAAACUCCGACUGGCGACAGGCUCCUGGCCCAAUCCACUUCGGAAACUCCGCCUUCGCGACUUCGUUUCUGCGUCGCGCAGGAGUCCGGAGAAGGACACAUCUCUGGGCACACGGAAUACAUGACCGCGGACGAGCUCGUCGAACAGGCUGGCCGGGGUGCCAUCGCACACUCGGAAAUCCUCAACAAGCCAAUAACUCCGGACGACGCCGCAGACCGUGAAGCUCUAGAAGUGAAGAGAAAGGAGAUGCUGGCCACUGCCAAGGUAUUUGCCAACACUGCAGCAGCAAUGUUGGAGGAAAGGCAAGAAGCAGGAGAAGUAAUGGAAAAAUUCCUCAAAAGAGAACGUGAAGCCGCAACAUGUUUGGCAGAGGCUAAGAAACUCCGAGCACAGUGGGAAACUAUGAUGGCAGACGCUGAUAAGGAAGCAGAUAGAAUCCGCCGGGAGGCCAUUGGCCCCCGAAAGAUCAACUUUGGAACCCCCUCCAAUCAGCAGCCACUCGCCACUCCAAAGGAUAAUAUGAAGAAAGCUGCAGAGAUCUUGGCCAAGAAAGACGAGGAAAUCGACAUCGCACACCUCCGCACGCUGGUAGCUUCAGCGAUGAAGCAACAAAGCAAGACCUGCGAGCGCUUUCCUCGCAUCGCCGCUGAAGCGCUACAAGGCCCCAUCCGCAAGCGCGCUCUGGACAAGGAGGAUCCGGAUCCUCACGUGGCUGGGAACAAGCACAAGAUGGGCAGGACCCACACUUCGUGCCCCGAUCUCCCCUCUGCCAGCGCCAACCCCCCGGUCGUGGAGCACGCCACUCCGCUGGAGGCGAUGGUUGGCCAGGAGUUCCUGGAAAAACUUGACACCAGGGGCCAGAAGAAGAAAGCUCCGGCACCUGAAGCCGGUACGUGUGAUGCCCCCCCUGCCAAGCGCUCCCGGAAGGAAGUGGUUACCGGGAAGCAAGUCACCACCAAACGCUACCGGAAGCGGGAGAUGCCAGUUGCUUCCGGCCCUGCGCUCAAGAUCUCCAAGAGCGCCACCGGCAUGAGGCCGGAAGGCACUGAGGAUCGCCGCGCGGAGGGGGAUUUCUCUUCCCCUCCAGAAGUUCAAGACACUGGCGCCAGCAACAUCGGCGCCGGCACAGAAGACGCCGGGAGGGCGGAACCUCUGGUUCCUCCCGUCCCGGAAAAGACGACGACAUCUACUUCCUCUCCUUCUAAGUCCGUGCCGGAUUCUUCCGCGCCGGCAAACUCCUCUGCGGCCAAGGAUGCACCGGAAGCUCCUGCGCCUCCACCAGCUGCUCCUGCCGGCAAGCCAACCACCGCCAAGCCUACGCCUCCAGCGCAGGAUCCUGCCGCGGUGGUCAGCACCGCCAGCUCUCCUUCUUCCGGUUCGCGGAGCCUCAUGCUGCACGCCAGCCGCGCCGCCCUUGUAGCCGGAGAAACGGCCUCAGCUCAGCUGGGCCGGAUCACCGAGCUCACUCGCGGCGGAGCCGACCUGGGCCACCUCGCCGACUACGCUGAAAAGUGGAAUCGGGCGGAUCUGUCCCCAGCGACGCUCGGCCUGGGGAAGGACAAGCUACCGGUAAUUGAUCCUGCCGGCCCCCGGAGCACCGGGCAGCACUUUGGCCGGUUGCGGCGCGCGGUCAAAGAAUUUGACAACGCGUGGCACGAUGCCAACCACAACGUGGCGGUAACUGUGCCGGAAGCCACCGUCAAGGCCCUCACCGACCAGCUCGCCGCGCUCAAAGCUGAAAAGGAGCAACUCGCCAAGGAGCACCAACAGGCUCUGGAUGCUCAGAGGACUCGCUUCUCCGAGCUGAAGGAUAAGCUUAUGGAAGCUGAAGUCCGGCACUCUCAGGAGCUCAAGGAUGCCAAGGCUGCUGCUGAGAGGAAGUUGGAUGACACCUUGAAGGAGUUUGCCCACAACAGCGAAGUGCUGCGGGCGGAGCUGGAAGAGGAGAGCAAGGCGCGAAAAGUAGCAGAAGGUCAGAUCGCUACCCUCACCACAGAUCAGGCCGCAUAUGACCGCCUGCGCGGCGAUGCGCCCACAGACACGGAUCCGGUCUUGACUGCCAAGCGCCAGGACCGCGCCUACCGGAUCGCGGAGUUCGCCCCCACGCAAACCUUCAUCCCUCCUCCCCCCGGCGUCAGAGACGAAAUGUCCGACGACGAGGAAGAAAACGCUGAGGACGAGGAGGAUGAAGAAGCCGCGGAAGGUGAAGCUCCUCCGGAACAAGGUGAAGCUCCCGAAGCCGGCACGCAACCUCCAAGUGUCUGA